GUAACUAUUGGAAGUUUUACCUUUUCUAACUUUCCAAAUUUGUCUUUGUUACUCUUUUUUUCUUACAUCCUAAUACUGACCAUUUCCAAUGGCCCGGGGGAUUAAUUAUUCUCUGUAGUUGUUGAAGAAGGGUUCAGGAUUUUGGUUUAUUAUAAACUAAUCAUGAAGACUUGGUAAUUAAGAAGAUAGCUUAAUUAAUUCAUUGUUUAUUCUGAGGACUCAUUCAAUAAAUUUCAUCUAUAAAUAGCCACCAAUUCUCAUGCAAAGUCUAUCACCUUCAAGCUUACAAGAAACAAAAUUAAAGCAGCAUCGAGCUUUAAUUAAUUAGAAGAUUAAUUAUCUAGCUAAUUAUGGCUUUGGCCCUGAAGUUGCUUGUGAUUACCAUUGCCAUAUUAGCUUUGACAUCUUCACCUAGCACUGCCUCAGACCCAAGUCCCUUGCAGGAUUUCUGUGUUGCUGUUAAUGACUCUAAAGCAACUGUUUUCGUGAAUGGAAAAGUUUGCAAGGAUCCAAAACUUGUCACUGCUGAUGACUUCUUCAGACCAGGCCUAAACAAGCCUGGAAAUACGUCAAAUCAACUUGGAUCAAUUGUUACUGCUGUCAACGUCAACAAUUUACCUGGACUUAACACUCUAGGCAUUUCCUUAGCUCGUAUUGAUUUUGCACGACGUGGUCUCAAUCCACCUCAUACACAUCCUAGAGGAACUGAGGUUCUUGUUGUUCUUAAGGGAAGACUUUAUGUUGGUUUCGUCCUUUCUAACCCUGGCCCAAAUAUGAAGAACAGGUUACUCACCAAGAUUUUGAACCCUGGCGAUGUCUUUGUUUUUCCUGAGGGACUAAUUCAUUUUCAACUUAAUGUGGGAAAGACUAAUGCCAUUGCAUUCGCUGGUCUGAGCAGCCAAAAUCCAGGAGUUAUCACUAUUGCCAAUGCAGUAUUUGGCUCAGACCCGCCAAUUAAUGACGAUGUCCUCGCUAAAGCAUUCCAAGUUGACAAGAAACUGAUUGAUCAUCUUCAAGAACAGUUUUGGUGGGAUAAUAACUAAGAGUAUAAUCCAACUACUCAUGUUUGUUUCUUGAAAAAUAUUUACCAUUUAAUGAUAUUCUAAUUAUAUGUUACGAAAAUAUAGUAUAUGAUGUAUUGACUAAAGAUUGAAAAUCUAGUCUUUUGGACUGAUUUUCAUUCACCUAUAAGGGUUGAUUGAUGUAUUGAAUAAAGAUUGGUUAAUGGAAUUAAAUAUAGUGUACUUCAAUAUUUGAAGGAAAUAUGAUGUUUCUCUAAUGAUUUAGAAACUGUGGAUGAAUAUUGUCACCCCUUUAAACUGCAAGAUGCACAUGACCUUUGUGAAGCAAGUUUGGAUUAUUAGUUCGGUUGCAUAA